AUGGUGCCCAAAACCAUGGUUUCCAACGAGGUCUACCUGCUUCCGCUGAACGACGAUGGCUCGCCCCAAGUUGCCGGGGAGUACAUCUACCUAGCACCCAAGACCAACGAUCCCAUCACCAUACGCUUCGCCAUUGAGGGUACCUCAAGCAUCUGCCGUCAUGGCAGCCUGUGGGUCAACAUUCCCGAGCGGGGCGCCGAGUUCCGCCGCGACAAGUUUCGGGAAUUCAAGCUCGUCCCCGACUUCAAUCGCACAAUCGAGAUCUCGGUCCCAAUCUACGACGCUGGAGCCUACGCGUUCUACACUACCUAUGCCGAGCUGCCCGACCUAGCGAGCCAAUUGGCCCCGUCCGGCGGCGAUUCCGAACCCAAGACGAAGAGGACCCAAUGGUAUUACAUAGACGUGGCCCCGCGCCUGACGCUGGAUGGCCGACCGCUGCCGCUCCCUGCGCUGUCGGUAUUCUCUGUCAUCAGCAAGUUCAUGGGCAAAUACCCGCAGGACUGGGAGCGCCACCUCAGGGGCAUCAGUGAUCGCGGCUAUAACAUGGUGCACUUCACCCCGCUCCAAGUGAGGGGCGCCUCGAACUCGCCCUACAGCCUGUACGACCAGCUCGGCUGGGACCCCGUGUGCUUCCCCGAGGGCGAGAAGGACGUUCAGAAGAUGGUCGAGAGUUUGGAAAAGAACCACUCUUUGCUCAGCUUGACGGAUAUCGUUCUUAAUCACACCGCCCACAACAGCCAAUGGCUGCAGGAGCAUCCAGAAGCGGGUUACAACCUGACUACAGCUCCGUGGCUUGAGUCGGCCUAUCUCCUGGACACGAAGCUGUUGGAGCUGGGAUACAAGCUGGAGCAACUCGGACUGCCCACUGAGCUCAAAACCAUAGACGAUCUUGUCAAGAUCAUGGAUGCCAUCAAGAAGGAGGUCAUCGCCGAGAUCCGUCUAUGGGAGUACUACGUCAUUGAUGUCGAGCGAGAUGCCGAUGCGGCGGUAGAGUCGUGGGUCAUUGGCAAGGCCACGUUUCCAGAGGGUUCUCUUCCCGCUGGUGGGCCUGACGCUUUACGCUCAGCAACCUCGGAAGAGCUUGCACAGUGGCUGAUGAAGCACGGCAUCAAGGGGAUGGACCGCCUGGGGGAGCGGUUCAGGAGGGCGGUUGACCCUAUCGCUGCCGCCGCUCUCUUGUCAGCCCUGUUUGGGAGAUACAAGGGCGAUAAUGGGGACACCGCUGACCAAGCGGCGGCCGAGACCAAAAUCGUCGAGAUCCUCCAUAUUGUCAAUGUUCCCUUCUACCAGGAAUACGACAUGGAACUGGCCGAGAUCCUCCAGCAGCUCUUCAACCGCAUCAAGUACGUCCGCUUGGAUGAGCAUGGUCCAAAAUUGGGACCCAUCAACCACGAAAAACCUCUGAUCGAGACGUAUUUCACUCGUCUGCCGCGAAACGAAACUACUGCCAGGCACAAGAAGGAGGACCUGGUUCUUGUGAAUAAUGGGUGGGUUUGGGGCGGAAACGCUUUGGUCGAUAAUGCCGGCCCGCAAUCUCGGGUCUACCUUCGUCGAGAAGUCAUUGUCUGGGGUGAUUGUACGAAGUUGCGGUACGGGAAGGGGCCAAAGGAUAGCCCCUGGCUCUGGGAGCACAUGACCAAGUAUGCGCGCAUGCUCGCCAAGUACUUCGCCGGCUUCCGUAUCGACAACUGCCAUUCCACGCCUCUGCACGUCGCUGAGCACAUCCUGGACGAGGCCCGUCGUGUUCGUCCGAACCUCUACGUCGUCGCUGAGCUGUUCACCGGCUCCGAGGAGAUGGAUUAUGUGUUCGUCAAGCGGCUUGGCCUCAGCGCCCUCAUCCGUGAGGCCAUGCAGGCUUGGAGUACUGGCGAGCUCAGCCGACUUGUUCAUCGCCACGGCGGCCGUCCCAUCGGAAGCUUUGAAGUGGAUGAGAUCUCCAGCACUGAGGUGCGCAGUCCCGGAGAUGCCGCCGUGAAUGGCUACGAGUACACUCGCGAGAUUACACGCCGUAUCAAACCCGUCCCUGUUCAAGCGCUGUUCAUGGACUGCACCCAUGACAACGAGGUUCCUGCCCAAAAGCGGGAUGCCCGUGACACCUUGCCUAAUGCCGCCUUGGUUAGCAUGUGCGCCAGCGCAACGGGAAGUGUCAUGGGGUAUGACGAGAUUUACCCUAAACUGGUUGAUCUCGUUGGGGAAACCCGCCUCUACACAUCCGAGGCAUCCAAAUUCCCGGUGAAGGUUGGUGAGGGCAAGGGUGGCAUUGCAGGCGUCAAGAAGCUGCUCAACCAGAUCCAUACCCUCAUGGGAAUGGACGGCUACGACGAGACACACAUUCAUCACGAGGGCGAAUAUGUCACGGUUCAUAGGGUGCAUCCGGGCUCACGAAAAGGGUACUUCCUCAUUGCCCACACUGCUUUUCCCGGCUAUGGCAACGGAAGCGGCGCCUUCAACCCGGUCCGCCUCGCAGGUACUAAAGCUAAACACCUGGGCAGCUGGAUGAUCGAGGUGGAUGCGAGCAAGGAAACCGUUGAGGAGGUCCUGAGCGACAAAAAGUACCUGCGCGGUUUGCCGAGCCGCCUGAUCGCGGUUCCCGGUAUUCGCAUGGAGAUCAAGGGCGAUGAUACCAUCAUCACCGUCCGUGACAGGUUCCCUCCUGGCAGCAUUGCCUUGUUCGAGACCUGGAUACCCACAGCAGAGCAUUCGAGUGGCCUGGACACGUUCGUGACAUCCGGCGCCAAGGCAGCGAUGGAGGAACUUGACCUGGUCGACUUGAACUUCUUGCUGUACAAGUGCGAGCCGGAGGAGCGGGACGCCAGCGAUGGGCGGGAUGGCGUAUAUGACAUUCCCGGCCACGGCAAGCUUGUCUAUGCCGGCUUGCAAGGGUGGUGGAGCGUCCUCAAGGACGUUAUCAAGGAAAACAACCUCGCCCACCCCCUUUGCCAGAACCUUCGUGACGGGCAGUGGGCUCUCGACUACAUCGCUGGCAGGCUGGAGCGUGCCUCCCAGCAACCACUCUACAGCCGUCUGGCCAAACCCGCAGCUUGGAUCAAGGAACGAUUCGAUGCCAUCCGUAGCAUCCCCAGCUUCCUCCUUCCCCGCUACUUCGGUUUGGUGCUCAGAACUGCCUACAUGGCCGCUACCGAGAGAGGGAUUUCUCUCAUGAACAACAAUAUCCGCAACGGACAAUGGUUCGUGCAGAGUCUCGCCAUGGUCAGCGUCCAACAAACUAGUUUCGUCAAGUCUGCGUCGCUCUACCCAGACCGCCUGGUCCCGUCACUUGCGGCUGGUCUUCCGCAUUUUGCCGUUGAGUGGGCGCGCUGCUGGGGCCGCGACGUCUUCAUUUCACUUCGAGGCUUGUACCUGGGUACGGGUCGCUUCGCGGAGGCAAAGGAGCACAUCCGGGCUUUCGCGAGCGUUCUCAAGCACGGCAUGAUUCCAAACCUCCUCGGAAGCGGCAAUACUCCGCGUUACAAUGCUCGAGAUUCCGUCUGGUUCUUCCUGCAGUGCAUCCAGGACUACACCCAGCUAGCGCCGGAUGGCUUGUCCCUGCUCGACGAGAAAGUCAAGAGGCGGUUCCUGCCAUACGACGACACCUGGCUUCCCACUGACGACCCCCGGGCGUACAGCAAGGAGAGCACCAUCCGUGAGAUCAUCCAGGAGAUCUUUCAACGCCACGCUGAAGGCAUGAAGUUCCGUGAGGCGAAUGCCGGCCCCGGACUUGACAUGCAGAUGCGGGACGAGGGCUUCAACCAAGAGAUCAAGGUCGAUUGGAGCAACGGCUUCGUUUUUGGUGGCAACCAGCACAACUGCGGCACCUGGAUGGACAAGAUGGGCGAGAGCGAGCGGGCAGGUUCCAAGGGCGUCCCGGGCACCCCCCGCGACGGUGCCGCUGUCGAGAUUAUUGGCCUCCUUUACAGCGCACUUAACUGGGUGUCAACACUCAACGAGCGAGGCCACUACUCGCAGUCAUCCGUCCGCAAAGCCGACGGCUCUGAGAUCACGUUCAAAGAUUGGGCGAAUCUCAUCAGAUCCAACUUUGAACGUUGCUUCUUUGUGCCCGUUUCCUCCUCCUCCGACGCCGACUACGACGUCAACCCGGCCGUCAUCAACCGUCGGGGCAUCUACAAGGACCUUUACCGCUCAGGCAAGGAAUACGAAGACUACCAGCUGCGCCCCAACUUCCCCAUUGCCAUGACGGUCGCACCGGACCUCUUCGACCCGUUCCACGCAAUGCACGCCCUCUGCGUUGCCGACGCCGUCCUCCGUGGGCCGACGGGCAUGGCCACGCUCGACCCGUCCGACCUCAACUACCGGCCGUACUACCGCAACAGCGAAGACAGCGACGACUUCGCGACAAGUAAAGGGCGCAACUACCACCAGGGUCCCGAGUGGCUGUGGCCGACGGGUUUCUUCCUGCGCGCGCUGCUCAAGUUUGACCUGAUGCGUAGGGGGCGGCAGGAUGCGGAGGGCCGUACCGAGGCGUUCCAGCAGGUCACUAGGAGACUGAUUGCGUGCAAGGAGAUGAUACAGCGGAGUCCUUGGGCCGGGUUGACCGAGUUGACGCAGAAGGGUGGGGAUGAAUGUCCUGAUUCAAGCCCAACCCAGGCAUGGUCUGCCGGCUGCCUGAUUGACCUGUACAUGGACGCGGCCGAGGAGCAGGCCAAGCUAGAGGCGCAGGCCCUGCCCUUGAGGUGA